AUGGCAAGUAUAGAAAGAGGAAACUUUCGGAUAAGGAAGCCCAACCAUCUAAGAAAAAUACCUCCAGCAAACUGUGAGACAAAAGAAAACCCUGCCUCGAGCAGCAUACAAACCAAAGAUACCAAACUAAAUGAGGAUACAGAAAAUCAUGCCUCAAAAAGUACCAAAAAUACUGAACCCACAGAAUAUAAAGAAAAUCCUCUAGUGGCUCAAAACUGCCCAACACAAAAUACCCCGGGGAUAAAGAAAAUCAUGCCUCCAAGAUUCCACCUAUACAGUCCUGGACCUGAAAGUGACCAUAGAAACCCAACAAAAAAAGACAAAAAUGAGCCAAUCCUACCGCUGUCAACGAAUUGGACACGGGCAGAGCAGAUGUACGGCGUAGGUGGGGGAGAGAACCACUCGAACGAAUGCGUAAAGCCCAAAACAGACCCACCCACCUGCGCAAACUGCGCUAAGGGGCACCCCGCCAACUAUAGGGGCUUCAAAAAAUAUCCAAAUCCAAAACCUAAAAAAGCACAGACCAAAAGAAGCCAAUCCGUACAAAACUGGAGGAAUGCAGACAGUCUCACCAUCCCCAACUACGAAACAUACAACACAAACAGAACAAGAAGAGAAGGAGGAGGUACAGCCAUCUUCAUUAGAAGAAACUUAGAACACCAUCAGUCUUACAUACCUCCCCUGGAUGACCUCGAGGCCAACUCCAUCAUAGUCAGAAUAUCCCACCUCGGCAACCUCAGGCUGGUAUCGGCAUAUCACCCACCGCAACGCGCAACCACAAUACCAGCCAACGCACAACAGUUGGAAACUGCUAUCGUAGACCUGCAAGAGGUAAUAACAUCGUCCCUUCAGGAAUCUACCAACGAAACGAGAUAUCCAGAAAGAUAA